ACGUUUCUUGGCUUGUAACUCCGGCUGGUUGAAGCUGUCGCAGGGCGCGCUUCGUUGAGAACGGACGUGUCGCUGUGCCCUUUAGGGUCCACCAACAAACCCUUCAUACACGGUGAAGAAUGUGCUUGCAGUGAAACCCUUAACAAGUCCAAGAGGGCACAAGAUUGAAGAAAGUGUACAAAGUGAAGGUAGCCUAGUGGCUUGUACAUAGUGGUUGUUGGUGCUGGUGGAGAUCCAACUCGUACACCGUUCGUGGAUACUGUGUAUCCUCUGCUGCCGUCCUUCUGCUGACCCCACGCCCUCAUUCCAGCAGCCAUGGCCGAUACUAAGAAGAAAAUGUCAAAGCCAAAGAAGGGGGAGAAGGAUAUGGAUAAUCUGAAGCAGGAGUUGGAACUUGAUGAGCACAAGAUCCCCAUUGAGGAACUCUGCCAGCGACUUAAUGUGAACCCUGACAGGGGUCUAUCAAAAGCAGAGGCUCGCCGGCGCACAGAACGAGAUGGUCCAAAUACACUGACUCCACUCCAGCAGACUCCUGAGUGGAUUAAAUUUUGCCAUCACCUCUUUUUUGGUUUUGCACUCCUCCUGUGGAUGGGCGCCAUCCUCUGCUUCAUUGGUUACUCCAUUGAGGCUUCGUCAUCUGAAGAACCCAACAAUGAUAAUUUGUAUCUAGGAUUAGCGCUGAUGGGUGUGGUGAUUGUGAGCGGCAUCUUCUCCUACUACCAGGAGGCCAAGUCUUCGGCCAUCAUGGAAUCUUUUAAGAAAAUGGUCCCGCAGUGUGCCAUUGUGAUUCGUGAAGGUGAGAAGCACAAUUUGCAGGCUGAUGCAAUUUGCAUAGGAGACAUUGUAGAGGUGAAAUUCGGUGACCGAAUUCCAGCUGAUAUCCGUGUUAUUGAAUCUAGAGGAUUUAAGGUAGACAACUCCUCACUAACUGGAGAAUCUGAGCCACAAAUCCGUUCACCUGAUUUCUCAUCAGACAACCCGCUGGAGACCAAGAACCUCGCUUUCUGCUCCACCAAUGCCGUUGAAGGUACUGCCAAAGGUAUUGUGAUCAACAUCGGGGACAACACAGUUAUAGGUCGCAUUGCUGGACUGGCGUCUGGUCUGGACUCUGGCGACACCCCCAUUGGCAGAGAGAUCGACCAUUUCAUCAACAUCAUCACUGCUGUAGCAGUAUUCCUGGGAGGUCUCUUCUGUGGGGUUGCCUUAUUGAUGGGUUAUCACUGGUUAGAUGCUGUUGUUUUCCUCAUUAGUAUAAUUGUAGCCAAUGUACCUGAGGGUCUGCUUCCCACAGUCACUGUGUGUCUGACACUCACUGCCAAGAGAAUGGCGGCGAAGAACUGUCUUGUCAACAACUUGGAAGCUGUUGAAACUCUAGGGUCCACCUCCACCAUCUGUUCGGAUAAGACUGGAACCCUGACCCAGAACCGCAUGACAGUGGCCCACAUGUGGUUUGAUAAUGAAAUCAUUGAAGCAGAAACGUCAGAAUUCAAUACUGAUGCUCCUCUUUGCAAGACCGCAUCUCAAGGCUGGAUGGCAUUGUGUAGAAUAGCUGCACUCUGCAACCGUGCCGAGUUCCAAAUUAACCAAGAGUCUGUUCCUGUCUUGAAGCGUGAAGUAAACGGAGAUGCUUCUGAAGCUGCUUUGCUUAAGUGUGUUGAACAUUCUGUUGGAGAUGUAAUGGGUUGGCGAGCACGAAACAAAAAAGUAUGCGAAGUUCCAUUCAAUUCCACAAAUAAAUACCAAGUAUCUGUACAUGAAACCGAGGAUAAAAGUGACCCCCGCUACCUCCUAGUCAUGAAGGGGGCCCCUGAGAGGAUCCUAGAACGCUGCUCGACUAUUUAUAUUAAUGAUGAAGAUAGGGUUCUGGAUGAAGAGCUAAAAGAGUCCUUCAACAAUGCCUACUUGGAACUAGGAGGUCUUGGAGAGCGUGUACUUGGUUUCUGUGACUAUAUGUUGCCUGCUGAUAAGUAUCCUCUUGGAUAUCCCUUCGAUUCAGAGUCUAUAAACUUCCCUGUACAUGGCCUUCGUUUUGUAGGAUUAAUGUCUAUGAUUGAUCCUCCUCGAGCUGCUGUACCUGACGCUGUAGCAAAAUGCCGAUCAGCUGGAAUAAAGAUUAUCAUGGUUACAGGUGAUCACCCAAUCACUGCCAAGGCAAUUGCCAAGUCUGUAGGCAUCAUAUCCGAAGGUAAUGAAACUAUUGAGGAUAUUGCCCUGAGACUGAACCUCUCUAUUGAUGAAGUUGACCCUCUUACAGCCAAGGCCGCUGUUGUCCAUGGCUCAGAACUGCGAAACAUGACAGCUGAACAAUUAGAUGAUAUUCUAAUUCAAUACAAUGAAAUUGUGUUCGCCCGUACUUCACCUCAACAGAAACUAAUCAUUGUUGAAGGUUGUCAGCGCAUGGGAGCCAUUGUUGCCGUGACUGGUGAUGGUGUUAAUGACUCUCCUGCUCUCAAGAAGGCUGACAUUGGUGUUGCUAUGGGUAUUGCUGGAUCGGACGUGUCCAAACAGGCUGCUGAUAUGAUCUUGUUAGAUGACAACUUUGCUUCCAUCGUCACUGGUGUUGAGGAGGGCAGACUCAUUUUCGACAACCUCAAGAAAUCGAUCUGCUAUACUUUGAGUUCCAAAGUACCCGAAAUGGCGCCAUUCUUGUUCUAUAUAUUUGCCGCUGCACCUUUACCCUUGGGUACUGUGACCAUCCUAUGCAUUGAUCUGGGUACUGAUAUGGUGCCGGCCAUUUCCCUAGCCUAUGAAUCUGCUGAAUCUGAUAUAAUGAAGCGCAUGCCACGUAAUCCCUUCAGCGACAAGCUGGUGAACGAGAGGCUCAUCUCCGUGGCCUAUGGUCAGCUGGGCAUAAUCCAGACCUUCGGAGGGUUCUUCACCUACUUUGUCAUCAUGGCAGACAAUGGCUUCCUUCCAAACAAACUCAUUGGUAUCCGUCGACAGUGGGACUCUGAGGCUAUCAAUGAUGUGGAAGAUACCUACGGUCAGGAAUGGACCUACAGUGACCGCAAGGUUCUAGAGCACACAUGCCACACUGCCUUCUUCAUCUCCAUUGUGAUUGUGCAGUGGGCAGUAUUGAUCGUCUGCAAGACCCGACGUCUUUCCCUCUUUCACCAGGGAAUGAAGAACCAGGCGCUUAAUUUUGGCCUGUUCUUCGAGACUGCUCUGGCCGCCUUCCUCUCCUACACCCCGGGCAUGGACACCGGCCUCAGAAUGUACCCACUCAAGUUCUAUUGGUGGCUGCCAGCUCUUCCAUUCUCGCUACUUAUCGUUAUUUAUGACGAGUGUCGCAAACUCAUCUUGCGCAGGAACCCUGGAGGAUGGCUGGAAUAUGAGACUUAUUAUUAAGGUGUUUCGGGAGCACAAAAGUUGCGAGCUCAACUGAUAAUCACCUGCUAUCAACACCACCACUAGCAGCAGCACCAACACCAGCACCACCGCCAGAAGCAGCAGCACCGCCACCGCCAGCAGUAGCAGCAGCAGCAGCAUUGUCACCAAGACAAGCACCACCGCCAGAAACCGCAGAACCACCACCACAACCACCACCAGCAUCGCCACCAACAGAAGCACCACCGCCAGAAACAACAGCACCACUGCCACCAUUAUUUGUAUAUUUGUAUGAGGGUCUGAAUAUGAUCCUUGCACGCUCUUCCCUUAUGAGUUCUGGUGACUCCAACUAGACUAUGUUCAUCCCGGACCCCAGACCAUUCCCUCUGAUAAUUUGGGUGAGGCUGCCCCAACCAUCUGGCCUCUAACGUUGGACACACACACAGACAAACAUUCUCUUAUGGUAUAGAUGUGCAGUAAGUAACAUUGAGAUACAGAAUCCUGGUGAAGGAUGUAUAAUAAAGAAAAAGUGACACUUUAAGAAUGCACCAGGACUUGAAAUGAAGUUUAUACAUCCUGUGACCUCCGUUACAGCUGCAGGUGUGAAAGGGCAAGGGAUCUAAUGAGAAUUUAGACAAUUUAAUUUAAGAAAACAAUAAAGGUUCGUUAAUUGUUUGGAAGAUAACCUUUGCUGUCUGUCAUCAAUAGCCCGGAUUAGUUUAUUCUCACUUAAAUUUGUAAAUUCUCACUUUGCCCGAAACGCAUUGCGUAAUAGUGGCUUUAGGCAUUGUAUGUACUAGCUCUAUCUAUAUAUCAAUCCAUUAAUGUAACAUCACUUGUAUGUAUGUACCUUACCUGAAUAAACAUAUUUAUAUUUAUUUAUUUAUUUUAAAUAUGUUUUAAUUUGUAUUGUACUCGAAUAUAAGUGUAAUGGUCACAGAACACCGGCCAGACCAGUAAAAAAAGUGUAUAUAGUUUGUAAACAAUCUUGAUAAACUGCUUUGAGAGACUUAAUUGAUAUCAUAAUUAUUAUUCGGAGUAGUUUUUACAGCUAUACUGCUCUUAUGUUACCGGGCAUUGGUUGGUGGGUAAUAUUUUAAUGAUUUGUGUAUGUAAUGAUCUCCCUCAACGAAUAUGUAAUAAAGUUUUUACAUGAUGGGAAUGGGGUGCAUAAUAAAAAAAUAAGAAAUUGGAGGGAAAAAAAGGAAAAAAAAUAUCUAAAAUCUGAGAAUAUAUUUUAAGCAAAGUCAA